AUGGCGGACGGCAGACAACAGCAGGCUCCCCAGCCUGGCUCUAACAACUAUGACGCUGUCGCCCUGAGCCGUGAAUUCGAACAGUUGAUGCGCGAAAAACGAUUUAAUCAGUUACAAGAAUCUCGCGCUUCUCGAUCACCAGCGCCCACCAACUCUUCCAUUCCGCCACCCUCUCGAGCACCUCCGCCGCCGCCCUUUGGCGCUUCGCCGAACCCGUCUUCACAACCACCCGCCCCGAAGUCUAAUGCGCUCAAGGGUCUUCCCAUUAUGCCUUCACCACCUCAGGAUGCCGCCUCAUUGAAGUUCUUUAAUCUGUUGAAGGGUCUUUCCGUCACUCCCACCAAAUACGAGAACCCUGGACUACUGGAUGAGGCCCUUUGCAUCAUUCCGCUUGAUCGUCUGUAUUCGGAGGCCGAGGAGGAAAGCUCGAUUAUGCAAGCACAGGCGGCUAGUACGAAUGGAAAGCCGGAAUGGGGAUACCAGGAUUGUGUGAUCCGAGCAUUGCUGAGAUGGUUCAAGUCGUCUUUCUUCCAAUUCGUCAAUAACCCCCCAUGCUCGCGUUGUUACAUGCCGACCAUCGCUCAGGGCAUGACCCCACCCAGCCCCGAUGAAACCGCCCGUGGAGCCACCCGCGUAGAAUUGUACCGCUGCUCAGAAGCGUCCUGCGGUGCCUACGAACGAUUCCCCCGGUACUCUGAUGUCUGGCAAUUGCUGCAGACGCGUCGAGGCCGAGUUGGCGAAUGGGCCAACUGCUUCAGCAUGCUGUGUCGCGCGGUCGGAGCUCGGGUCCGUUGGGUCUGGAACUCGGAGGAUCACGUCUGGACUGAGGUGUACUCUGAGCACCAGCGACGAUGGGUCCACGUGGAUGCGUGCGAAGGCGCCUGGGACCAGCCUCGUCUAUACACCGAGGGAUGGGGUCGCAAGAUCUCUUACUGUGUGGCUUUCUCCAUUGACGGAGCCACUGAUGUCACCCGCCGCUAUGUUCGAAACUUCCACAAGAAUGGGAGCCCUCGCAACCGCACUUCCGAGGAAGUGGUUCUUUGGUCCAUCAACGAGAUCCGACGUAAACGCCGAGAAAAUAUGUCCAAGGCCGACCAGGCUCGCUUGAUCAAGGAGGACGAGCGGGAAGAGCGCGAAUUCCGAGCUUACACUGCUGCUGCCAUGGCGGCUGAGAUUAACAACCUUCUUCCACGCAGCAUGACUGCCCGGGCUCACGAGCAGAAGCACGCCGAUGCCCUGCAGGAAACUUCCACCGAAUGGCUCGCAACUCAAGGCCACGGUCACUCAGGCCCCGACCGGUCGCCCGGCGGGAGGUAA